UGUCAAGUGUCAAGUCAAAAACAAUUUUUGACGCAGUUCUCACAAGAAUGCCGUAAGAUUUCUUCAAAAAUGUUUAACAAAGUGUUUCAACGUGCUUUAAAAUUCCGUCUAAAAAAAUCUUAUCCGACUAACAUUUACGAUUUGUCGCGGGGUUCGGCCAUUGCUGUGAAAAGACCGUAUAGUGACGAAGUGCGUCGCGCGCAGGCGCAAACCGUAGCCGCGCCGGGACCUACAAUAUUCGACAAGAUUAUAUCGAAAGAAAUCAAGGCGGAUAUUAUUUAUGAAGAUGAUAUGUGUUUGGCGUUCAAUGAUGUGAAUCCUCAGGCUCCCGUGCAUUUCUUAGUGAUACCAAAACGCAGGAUUCCGCGUCUGCAAGAUGCGGAAGCUUCUGAUAAGGAGAUCCUCGGCCAUCUAAUGCUGGUGGCUCGUUCGCUAGGCGCUCAGAAGGCCCCAAGCGGGUGGCGUCUGGUGAUUAACAACGGUAGAGACGGCGCUCAGUCGGUGUACCAUCUUCACCUCCAUGUUAUCGGCGGUAGACAGAUGGGAUGGCCACCUGGCUAAUGGUAACCUGAGCGUCGUUGGCUUCAUCAGCUAGUCUCUUACAUCUUUGGAGGGCUUCAGUUACUCUUCACUUAUGAAAUGUUGUUAUUCUCAAGCGAUUGUACAUUAUAUUAAUUCAAAAAGUUAUUCACUAACUUAUACACAGUUGGACAGAAAAGUUUUAGGUCUAAAACCAAUUUGGAUCGUGCAUGUCCGUUGCAUUCCGAACAUGUUUGCCCUUUUAGUCAUCAGUUUGCCAAAGAUCAAAAGAAGGUUUAAUGUAGGAAUCCGUAGAACGUAUGCAGAGCCCCGAUGAUCGAACGGGACACUCCAGUGAGACUGGCUUUUUGAAGUCAUUUUGAUAUGGUGAUAUCAAAAUUAUUACAAACACAAAUGAAUUAGUGCCUAUUACCUACGCGAUAUCUAAAACACUGAAUUUUCAAACACCUUUCUGGUUUUUUAAGUCACAACACAGUAGGUAGGUACGUAUACAUUUUAUUUUUUGCGUUAAAAUUAAAGUACUUUGGAACCGCAACAGGUGAUAUAUCUUUGUGUAAGCAAAGAUAUAUUUAACUUGUCUAUUAACAUAUUUUUAAUGCUUUAUUAUUCUCAAACUAUUAAAGACAUUUUAAACGCCGAUAAGAAUCAAAUUCCUAUAAAUUAUGUGUUAAGCACAAAAUUGUUUUAAGGAUUUUCUGAUAAGAUAUAUUGCACAAAUGCGUAAUAAUGAAUGGAAAGUUUAAGAAUUUUCGAUCUGUUGAAGUGUAAUGUUUUUCAUGCUUUAAAUACCUUCAUAAAUUAAAUCUUGCAGACGAAAAAAUUCACUAAAUUUGUAAUUUUCAAAUCAUCAUUUAUCUGGUACAAAAUUAAAAAAAAAUAUGUAAUUAAGUAUUAAAUGCCAUUGCCUUUUAGAUUUAGUGCAAUAAUUUGGCCAAAUUAGUUUUAAGAGUUUAGAUAUUAAUGUGCCUUUUAGUGCAAAAAAGUAUAUACAUAUAAGAUUUAUAAAACAAUUUCUCAAAAUAUUAUGUUUGAUAUAAUUUUAUAACAAUUGAAAAAUGGUAUGGGAACUAACUUUUUAAUUUAAAUUUUUCCAUAAUCAGCACAUUGAGUGCUUCGGAUACGGCCCCCGCUGGCGUGGUCGGCGUUUUCUCUCUUUUCGCGCCUCUCGCUAUAGGCCCACAUGUCAGGCGUUUUCUCUCAAACAUUAUCUCUUUGGCAAUGACGAACUUCCAUACAAAGUUUCAUCCGCUAUUUCAACGCUUUCAACCCUUUUUCGCGAUAAAAAUUAGGCUAUGUCCUUUUCCAGGGUCUAGUCUAUAUCUCUGUGUCGAAUUUCAUCAAAAUCAGUUCAAUGAUUUAGGCGUGAAAGCACAGUAUUAGUAAAGUAGAUAU